AUGAAUUCCUCGCCCGGCCGGCUGCUGCGCGCGUCUGAAUUGUUAUCUCCUCCAAACCGGCAAAUUGGACCAUACCUAAUCGACGGCGUAGGAGAAUGUUGCGUCUAUUUUCUGGCGUUGCCUGUCUUUAAGGGGAUGCUGGCGCCUUGGCCUGCCUUUCUCUGCGUGCCCCCCUCGCCCUCUUUUCUUUUUUCUUCUCGCCGCUCCGCCCCGCCCCGCGCUGGGCUGUGCGUGUGCGCGCGCGUGCUGCGGCGACUUGAGCGACUAUGCUUGGCCGUGUGCUGUUGGCGCGCGCCCUCUCUGCGUGCUGUGCUGCGCCGGCGCCGGCGUCGGUGUCGGUGCGUGGGGCGGCGGCUACUGCACGGAGAGUGGCUUGAAGGACUUGCGGGUGGUCGCGGAGGACAUGGCGGACGCGGAAAUUCGGGCGAAGUACAGCAGCCGCAAGGCGGGGUUUGUGAAGGGGCGCGGGCGGGCCCGCAGGAAGGGGAAGAGGAGACGAACGCGAGAGAUGGGAACGGGGCGAGCGGUGAGGAGAUACGGAUGCAAAUGAAGGUGGUCUUUUGA